AUGAACCAGUUAUCUCAGCUAUCAGGCCUUACUCGCUACGCGGACAACUUCUCAAUUGAAAAUGUCAAGUUGGAACUGCAGUCACUGCAAAGCAAGCUCGCGACUCUCCGUCCCGUCCAGGAAUUCCUCAACUUCAAGAAGGUAUCCAAGCCUCAAAACUUCGGCGACUUGCAAUCGCGCGUUUCCUACAACCUGAGGUACUUCUCUACCAACUAUGCCCUGAUUGUGGGUGCACUCAGCAUCUACACACUUUUGACCAAUCUUCUGCUUCUCUUCGUCAUAGUCUUUGUGUUUUUCGGUCUUUACGGUAUUAACAAGCUCAAUGGUCAAGACCUAGUGCUUCCUUUCGGUGUUUUGAAAGUGUCACAGCUCUACACGGCUCUAACGUGCAUUGCAGUUCCUCUAGGGUUCGUUGCUUCGCCAUUUUCAACGCUGAUGUGGCUAAUUGGUGCCUCUGCCGUAUCGGUUUUGGGACACGCUUCAUUUGUUGAAAAGCCUAUUGAAACUGUUUUUGAAGAAGAGACAGUCUAA